AUGAAAAAAACAUAUGUGGACGUAACAUGGGUGCUAAUUUUGUCAAUCAUUGUCUGCAUUAGCGAGGCCGUCGAGGUCUACACCAACCAUUUUCACGUUCAUCUCAAAGAGGGCGGUUUGGAGAAUGCUCAUAAGAUCGCAAAACGACACGGAUUCAUCAAUCGAGGACCGGUUCUCGGGUCCCACAACGAAUAUCACUUUGUUCAACCGGCGCUCUCCCACGCGCGCACUAAACGAUCCAUCGGACAUCACGCGAAAUUGCACAACGACGAUGAGGUGGCACACGUCGAACAAUUGAUCGGAUACAAGCGCACCAAACGAGGAUAUCGACCAUUGAAAGAGCGACUUGAAAGCCAAUUCGAUUUCUCGCCGGUUCUCUCGCCGUCCGAUCCGCUUUACUCAUACCAAUGGUACUUGAAGAACACCGGACAGGCCGGUGGCAAAGCUCGCCUCGAUUUGAAUGUUGAAAAAGCUUGGGCGAUGGGAUUCACUGGAAAGAACAUCACCACCGCCAUCAUGGAUGAUGGUGUUGAUUACAUGCAUCCGGACAUCAAGAACAAUUUUAACGCUGAAGCCUCCUACGAUUUCUCUUCGAAUGAUCCAUUCCCAUAUCCAAGAUAUACUGAUGAUUGGUUCAAUUCGCACGGAACACGAUGCGCUGGUGAGAUCGUCGCUGCUCGCGACAAUGGCGUGUGCGGUGUCGGAGUUGCCUACGAUGGAAAAGUUGCCGGUAUUCGAAUGCUUGAUCAACCCUACAUGACCGAUCUGAUUGAGGCUAACUCAAUGGGACAUGAGCCGAACAAGAUCCACAUCUACUCUGCCAGUUGGGGACCAACCGACGAUGGUAAAACGGUGGACGGGCCAAGAAACGCGACGAUGAGAGCAAUUGUGAAGGGUGUGAAUGAGGGACGCGACGGGCUCGGAUCGAUAUUCGUUUGGGCCAGCGGCGACGGCGGCGAGGAUGAUGAUUGCAAUUGCGACGGCUACGCGGCCAGCAUGUGGACGAUCUCGAUCAACUCGGCCAUCAACAACGGCGAGAACGCGCACUACGACGAGUCAUGCUCGUCAACGCUGGCGUCGACGUUCUCGAACGGCGGUCGAAAUCCGGAGACUGGCGUCGCCACCACCGAUUUGUACGGAAGAUGCACACGAUCGCAUUCGGGCACGUCGGCGGCGGCACCGGAAGCCGCCGGUGUGUUCGCGCUUGCCCUCGAAGCCAAUCCGAAGCUCACCUGGCGAGAUUUGCAACACUUGACGGUGCUCACAUCGACGAGAAACUCGCUGUUCGACGGACGCUGCCGCGAUUUGCCGGACCUUGGACUUAAAGACAACCAUCGUGUUUCAAAGGGCAACUGCUCAAGAUUUGAAUGGCAAAUGAAUGGUGUUGGACUCGAGUACAAUCAUCUGUUCGGAUUCGGCGUCUUGGAUGCCGCCGAAAUGGUUAUGCUCGCAAUGGUUUGGAAGACGGCUCCACCACGCUAUCACUGCUCAGCCGGAAUCAUCGACACCCCACACGAAAUCCCCGCUACUGGCAACCUUGUUCUUGAAAUUGACACCGACGGAUGCGCCGGAACACCGACAGAAGUGCGAUAUCUUGAACAUGUUCAGGCGGUCGUCACAUUCAAUUCGACAAGACGCGGCGACACCACAUUGUACCUCGUCUCGCCGAUGGGAACUAGAACAAUGAUCCUCUCGCGGCGUCCCAAGGAUGAUGAUAGCAAGGAUGGAUUCACGAAUUGGCCAUUCAUGACAACGCACACAUGGGGAGAGAAUCCGUCGGGAAAAUGGCGGCUCAUCGCGCGAUUCCAGGGACCGGGAGACCAUCGUGGAACCCUCAAGAAGUUCCAGUUGAUGUUGCACGGCACCCGCGAAGCGCCCUACGAUCUCAUCGAGCCGAUUCAAAACAACGACAAGCUCAACGUGGUCCAGACGGCGCACAAGAGAAACCAGAAGUAG